AUGACAUUUAUUCAAAUAAUUCGUGUUAAUAAUUCAGUAACUGAUUUAAAUGGUAAAAUAUAUGUAGAUAGAUAUUUAUCAAUUCGCACAAUUUAUCCAAAUAGAACAAUUAAUGCAUUUGAUAUUUCAAUUGAUAAAUUGGAAAUACAACCUUUUAAUUUUUGUAUAAAUCAACUUCGUAACCCUAUUCAAUUUUACCCUGCAACAAGUAAUUUUUUGUUAGUAACUUAUAUGACUUAUACGAAUGAAAGUACUUAUGAAGAUUGGGCAAUGGUUGUCGAUUUAAGUGGAAAUAUCCUCAGUAAAACUUUUUUAGGACGUGCUUAUGUUGAUCGCUGGCCACUUUUCCAAGCAAAUAUUAUAUUUAAUGUUAAUCAUGACAAAGGAUUUCUUCGUGUAGUACCUAAAACAAAUACUACUUUGCUGCAACAAUUCAUAAUAUCUAAUGAUGGGACUGUUCAAAAUAUUACAGAAGAAGUAGAAAUACCUUCUCCACCACCAAAUCCGAAUCUCAUUCAAUAUAUUGCAACGAUGGAUAAUGGAUACGCGAUUAUUUAUGCCAAUAUUUCAGACACCACUGGUUUAUCACAGGGAGGAAUUUACGGCAUAUUUUUAAAUUAUGAGAGUAUUAAUAUACGAGGUCCAAUGAUUCUUUAUCAAAUUCCAAGUCAAGGGUUAAGCUUUACUGCACUUUAUUGUGAUAAUACUUUCGUAGUUGGACAAACUUGUACAUUAGCCGUAAACCCUACAACUCCAAACACAUUAAACAAAUUUUAUAUUACUAAAAUUGAUUUUCUUACAUCGGGUCUUAUAAAUAAUAUUCAAAUGAUUCCAUUUCUAGACUUUAGCCAAUGUAAAUUUAAGUUAUUACCAUACGGAGGUUAUUUUAUAAGUAACAUGACAUCUACUACAGAUCCGUUUAAAAAUAAUAUCGAUGGUUUUAUUUUGAAUGACAAUGGAUUUUAUAGAUGGAACCUUACAAAUCCUAGUGUGACAAAUUUUAAAGGUGAUUUUAUAAUUUUACCAAAUAAUACACUUAUGUUUCCUCAAUCGGAGGGAUUACAAAGUUGGAAUUUGACCGCAAUUGAAUUAUAUAAAGUUCAGGAAGAUCAUGGUUAUAAAGAUGAGGGAAACGAAACUAUCGUAAAUGUUACAAUAAUUAGUAGUACAUUCAAUAAGCUUGGUGGAAGUUACUAUGUCUUAAUUGAAGAUGGUUUUGUAAAGAGGCGAGCUUUUGACACACCUAUCUUUGGUAUACAGAGAAAAUCUAUUUGGACUUUUAUAACAAAUACAGCCCAAGAAAAUUCUGAUGGUAAUAAAGAUGUCGAAGGAAAAGUUCGACUGACUCCAGAAGGGACUGCUUAUUUUUUGGUCCUUGAUAUUAUUAAACGUGAAGAAUUUUAUAAGAAUUUAACAGAUCAGUUGGCUAAUGCUAUUCCCAUUAGUCCAAAACGAAUAACUACUAGUAGAAAAUAUGAAACUGACGCUACACUUCCUAAAGAUUCUCUAAAACAAAUUAUUCUAACUAUUGAUAUUAAAAGAUAUGAAGAUAGUGAUUAUGGAUAUCAGCUUAUACCUAAAUGGAUAGAUGCGAAUUGGGUUAAGCUUCUUGUAACAGCCGUAUUUGAAAUCUUAUUGUAUUUAUUUUUUGCUGUGAAAAAAUAUUCUGUAAUUUUUGAAUGUGUAUAUGCUAUUGCAGAUUUUAUAACGGGUAUCAUUUUUGCUAUUGUAGAUUCACAAAAGUAUUAUGAAAUUUAUAUUAUAAGCGUUUUCUUUGUAAUAUUACCAUUUAUUGUAAAUUUAGGAUUUGCAUUUAAAACUACAAUUGGUGUACUUGUAAGAGAAUUAACACUAAAGAAAAGUGAUGAAGAUAUAAAAGAAGAAGAUAUAAAAGGAAGUAACUCAGGGGAAAGUAAUACAGGGGAAAGUACUCGAAGUAGCUCAAUUAUCGCAAUGAUUGAGGGAAUUAAGGGAACUCCUGAUACUAAGGAUACUAAGGAGCUGAAAAAGACAUAUGAUAGUUUGAGUCCAAGUCAGAAAAGCAAAUAUAAUAAAUUAUCCAAUGAAUCAAAAAUCUCGUUUUUGAAACUGAUCCGCAAAGGAAAACGGUUAAAUGAUAUUUUAGUGAUAUUCACGUUAUUAGGAGGAAUUAACAUUGAAAAUUUAAACUUACUUGAAUUAUAUUUAUUCAGUACUAAUACUAAAUUAUCUCCUUCAUCAAGAAGUAAUAUAAUGUGA